CGUCGCUCGGUUCUCUUUAGCCAACAUGGCAGGAGGUGUGCGGAGAAAACCUGCAGUUUCCCCGUCUCCACUGUGGGGGAAAAUCCACGCAGUUUGGAAAGACAAGCAUUUGGUCUUGUUCAAAACGGAAUACACAUUUUUAGUCGUUUCAGUAUUGUGGUUUCUUGAAAUCGGAAUCAAUUUUUGGGUGAUACAGAGAGUAGCAUACACUGAAAUCGACUGGAAAGCUUAUAUGGACGAAGUGGAGGGAGUCAUCAAUGGAACCUAUGAUUACACCCAGCUGAAAGGAGACACCGGCCCUUUAGUGUACCCAGCCGGAUUUGUCUACGUCUUCACUGCUCUGUACUACAUUACCAACCAUGGGACGAACAUCCGCUUGGGCCAGUAUAUUUUUGCAGUUUUUUACCUCAUCACACUGCUGCUUGUCUUCAGAAUAUACAACCGAACAAAGAAGGUUCCGCCCUAUGUAUUCUUCUUCGUGUGUUGUGCAUCCUAUCGGAUCCAUUCCAUCUUUGUGCUUCGUCUCUUUAACGAUCCAGUGGCCAUGAUGUUGCUUUUUGCAUCCAUCAAUCUAUUCAUCGAUGGAUACUGGACUGUGGGAUGUGGCCUUUACAGUUUAGCUGUGUCUGUGAAAAUGAACGUCCUUCUUUUUGCCCCUGGGCUCCUUUUCCUUCUCCUGUGGGAAUUUGGUCUUAUGAGGACAAUCCCUAAUCUGUCAUUGUGUGCAGGGAUUCAGCUUUUGCUGGGGCUCCCAUUUCUCUUGGAGAAUCCAGUUGGUUAUGUGAGCCGGGCCUUUGAUCUCGGCCGGCAGUUCUUGUUUAAGUGGACCGUCAACUGGCGCUUCCUUCCAGAAUGGCUUUUCUUGAACCGCUACUUCCACUUGGCGCUGCUGGCUGCUCACCUGCUCGCCCUGCUGCUUUUUGCUUUGACUCGUUGGAAAAGACCCGGACAAAGCGUUUUUGAACUCCUCAAGGAACCGAGCAAAAGGAAAGUCCCUGCUCAGAAAAGCUCAGCGGAUCAGAUAGUUCUGGUUCUGUUCACUUCUAACUUCAUUGGCAUGUGCUUCAGCCGUUCGCUGCAUUACCAGUUCUAUGUGUGGUACUUCCACACUCUGCCUUACCUGCUUUGGAGCGGGGGAGUCGAGAAGCUUGCACACCUGCUCAGAGUCCUGAUCCUGGGUCUCAUCGAACUCUCAUGGAACACCUAUCCCUCAACAAACAGCAGCUCAGCCUCGCUCCACGUCUGUCACCUCAUCGUCCUCCUUUGUCUGUGGCUGGCUCCACCUCUGCCCGCUGCCCCAUCAGAAGCCCAGGAGCACACAGCUGAUAAGGACAAACGCCACUGAGCCACACAGCAGGACCGGAAGUUGGUCUUACCAGCUGCUGUUUCUGCCUUUGCUUCAGCUAACAUCCUCACAAAGGGAAGCCACUGUGCUGGACUGUUCUGUUCUGUAAGGACACACUCACUCUCAUCUGUCUGUUGCUGAACAUCACAGAGGGUGAUGUUUUUGGAGUAAAAGGGAUGCCAGUACAGCUAAUUCCACUCGUAGAGGAAAUGAAUGGAGUCUCAGGUUUCAUUUUUAGUCAAAAAGUGUGCAGCUCAUUGUGACAAAUCUUUGAAUGUUUUGCUGUGUGAAAGUUGUCUUUUUAUGACGUCCUAAAUUGCUAGUUUACAUUAGCAAACUGUCACUAACUUUAGUUUUUUCCCUCUUUUUGCUGUGUACAAAGAAAGCAAUACAUUAAAGAACCUCAAUGACUUCCCAAAGAAAGAUACAGAGACGCUGUACAUUAACUGAACAUUUGGCAAUUGUUUGACAUUUCUAUUGUAAUAGACCCGACAAAAGCAAUCCUUAUGUUUUUCACACAGGUCUUCAAAAGUGAACUGUAGUUAUCCCAUUAGUUUCAGAAUAAAAUGACAAAUCCUGUUAUUUUGUUUAUCCUAA